CCGGCGGCCGCGCCCCCCUCCCCCCUCCCGCCCCUGGGAGUCUCCAUUUUGGCUGCAGGUGUAGGCCGGGCCAGAGCCUACGGAAGAGCGGAACGGAGUUACAGCCAUUCCGAGCGCUGAGCCGGCUCACUGCCCUCACCCCUCCCUUCCUUCGCACGCAGGAGCCUCAGGCACUACUCAUGGCGGGCCUGGAAGUACUGUUCGCAUCGGCAGCGCCGGCCAUCACCUGCCCGCAGGACGCGCUCGUCUGCUUCUUGCACUGGGAAGUGGUGACACACGGCUACUACUGCUUGGGUGCCAGUGAACAGCCACAUCCCAAUGAUAAGAAAUCAGAACUGCUGCCAGCUGGAUGGAACAACAGUAAAGACCUCUAUGUCCUCCGGUAUGAGUCUAAGGAUGGGUCCAGAAAGCUCCUUGUGAAAGCCGUCACCGUGGAGAACAGCAUGAUCAUCAAUGUGCUGGAAUAUGGCACACAGCAAGUGGCAGACUUGACCCUGAACUUAGAUGAUUAUAUCGAUGCAGAACACUUGGGUGACUUCCACAGGACAUACAAAAACAGUGAGGAGCUUCGGUCUCGUAUUUUUUCUGAAAUCAUCACACCUAUCCAUGAGCAGUGGGAGAAGGCUGAUGUAAGCAGUCCCUCUCGAGAGUUCCCCCCUGCUACCGCCAGUGAGGUGGACCCACUCCGGAUUCCUUCACACCACCCUCACAGCAGCCGGCAGCCUCCCUGGUUUGAUCCCCUGGGCCCAUUUGCUGUCGGGGGAGAAGACCUAGACCCCUUUGGGUGUCGGAGAGGUGGCAUGAUUGUGGAUCCCCUGAGGUCUGGCUUCCCAAGAGCACUUAUUGACCCAUCCUCAGGCCUCCCAAAUCGGCUUCCUCCAGGCGCUGUGCCCCCAGGAGCUCGCUUUGACCCCUUUGGACCCAUUGGGACCAGCCCAUCUGGACCUAACCCCGACCAUCUCCCCCCACCGGGCUACGAUGACAUGUACCUGUGAAGGCCUCAAGAAUGUAACAUCCCAGCCUUCCCUCCAUUCUCCUGGAGCUGCCACCGCUGGCCCCACCAACAGCCGUGUUCUUGCAGGCUGGGGGCGAGGGACUCUGCCCCUGCGUUUGCAGCCUGGCUGGGAUUGCUUCCCCACCCCUUACCAGAGCCAAGGCACCUGCUGCAGCUUUCCACCUGGCUGCAUAUAGGUCCCAAAGAGAAAUCAGUGUGUCUCUCACCACCAGCUCCUCUCCACUUCCCAAGGGAGACCUCGGCAACAUAUACCCUUGACCUGAUGCAGUCGCAGCUGCAGCACUAUAAGAACAGAAUGCAUUUUGAAUGUUAUUAUUAAGAACCAAAUGUCAAUACAAAAUUCAUGUUGCCAUUCUCCCACUUUUCUUUUUACUUUACUGCACAGCCCCUUCCAGGGUAGACUUCAGAGUUUGAGUCUUUUUAGGGCUUAAUGACUCUUUUCUUGCCCAAGGGCCCAUUCUUGCUUCUUAGGCUCUUUUCUUUGAUAAAUUGCUAUUGCUCUUGACAUCACAUAGAUGGAUCCCAGUCCAGCUACAUGGAUGUAAAUGAAUGACUGGAAAUCCUAUAGGCCACAGGAUGACUUUCACAAGGGCAGACACAUUGUGGAAAGAUGGCAUCACUCUGAUGAGGCCUCUAGUUGUUCCUGUUUGGGCUAGUCCUCUGGGUCCAUCUGUGCCUGGGCAGAAGCAGCCUGUAAGCAGAGGAAUAAACCAAACAGACCUGAACACUAACCUCAUUUUGCCACUAACUUACUGAUUGACCCUGAGCAAGUCCCUUUUCUUAGGUCCUUGUGCCUGCCUACAAAAUGAGAGGCACCUUUCCUGCUCUAAAACAUUCCAAUGUCUCUUUCUCUAUAUGGCAACCCCUAGAGACUGGGCAAAAGGAAAAGAAUGAAGGUUCCGGGAAAUUAUUUGGUACUUAACCUGCAGAGUCUGUAACUCUGUUUCUUGGCCCCCUGAGGACCCAGACAAGAGCACAGGAACGUGGGGUCCCCAUCUGAGUGUGGUGCUGAACUUUGGGAGGAGCAGGGAGCCCCAGCCUCUGGAAGCCUAUGCCCUGUGUCCAGGCUCACCUGACCAUUGGUGUUCUCUGGAUCUUUUCAGCCUUAGGCCUGACAGACGUGGGCAAUGAUGAGCCCUUGUGCUGGAGUGGAAAGAGCAUCAUAGAGCACCAGGCUGAGGCACAGAAUCAAGGCACUAGUUACUUCCACUCCACCGCUAGCCUUUCAUCCAUGGCGGGUCCAUUUAUUUUUCUACUCUUUGGAUUCUCUUCCUAAAUUAGAAUGUAUGACUUAGCCAUAGGCAGCAGACUACCAUAGCUUUUCUGAGGUGUCUGCGAAGCUAUUUUCUAUAGCCUAAGAUUGAUUGCUCAGGUGAGAAUGAGUAGGGGUAAACUAACCUGACACUGAAGCCUAGGGUCUCAGAUGAAGGCUGUGCCUAGGUGGAAAGGCUGGCAUGAGAACCUCCCUAGGGAUUUCUGGCAGACCCAUGCCUAUUGCUGAUUUAGUAAAAGACCCCAGAGUCAGAGGAGCUGACCACUUUGAAGCCUGUAGAAAAUCUUUGUUCUGGAGAAAGACCCAGAGAUGAGGCCAAGGUGCAAAUGCAGUCACUGAUCGUCACCUUCGUCCUUGAGGGCUGGCAGAUGAAUGGAAUGUUAGUUUUUGUUUCAGAAUUGGACCAUACCUUCAACCGAAAGGACUUAGAAUAUGUUCUCAUAAAAACAUCCUUUAUUAUAAAAGGAAGCAUUGAAAGGGAUAUCAGACUAGAGACCACCAGAGUGAAGAAAGUAUAUAACUUACAACGCUGAGGUUUGAGGAAAAGACAAUUUGCCACUGAGAUUUUCUCAGGUCAAAAAAAUAGUCAUAUACAUAAUUCUGUUUUCUGGAAACAGAAAAUGUAGUGAUUCAUCUGCAGAAUCAGCCGUUUUUUUGUGGGUGUCUCCUUGCAUCAAGGACAUGGAGGAGCAUAGAUGGUGUGUUAGACAUUGUAUGGUGGGAAGUAAGUGGGGCCUGAGGAACUUCCAGGCCAAGCUUGUUUUGGUUUGGGCCACUUCUCUCCUUUCAGAUAUGAGUAAUCACUAAGCAGCAAGUGGAAAUAUUUCAGGUGUAUGUGUUGUAGAACCAAAAAGAUUGGAGCCUUAACAAUAAACAUCAGCACUUAAUAACUGAUUCCUUUUUUUUUAAAUAACAGCUUUACUGAGAUAUAAUUCAUAUACCCUUAAAAGUUCACCCUUUUAAGGUAUACAAUUCGGUAUAUUCACAGUGUUGUACAUCCAUCACCAUAUAUAAUUCCUGAACAUUUUUACCACCUCAAAAAGAAACUUCAUAUCCAUUAGCAGUGACACCCCAUUCCCCUUCUCCCUGCCCCAGGCAACCACUAACCUCUAUCUCUAAAGAUCUGCCUAUUCUGGACAGUUGUCAUAAAUGGAAUCACUUGAUACA